UUUAAGGAAUUGCGCCUCAUUCGCCAAAUAAUGAAAGUGCUCCGUGGAGAAGACUUUGAAUUUGAAGAAUACUUUAGCAAUGAUGAUGUUAAAGCUUUUGUCAAAUAUCGCUUUUAUGUCGGAACAGACAAGUGGAAUCACGAUUUUCGAUAUAUUAGAGGCUUAAGCCAAAUUAUGUAUAACGAGGAUUGGCAGAAAAUAAUGGGAUUCAAUCAAUUUGAAAAUAAUCAAGAUGGGGAUAUAGUAUGGAAAGAUUCAUGUGAGGCAGCAUGGUUUAAUCCUAUUCGAGGAUUGAAUAGCAAGGGAAUGCUUCAAAAAUUGUCCAUAGAUGAACCUUUUGCUAUGCAUUAUUUGCUUUACCUAGCAGGAUGCAGGUAAGCAGUAUAUUUGAGGCGGUUCCGAGGGAUUGCAGGGAUAUGAGGGGUUUGUCGGAUUUCAGGGGUUUUGUCGGAUAUCAAUUUUCGGGUCGGGGGACGAAGUUUUCAUUUAUUUCGGAGAGGGGUUCGGUUCUGGAAAAUCUUGAAAAAUCUUUCGGAAACAGAGGUCGGGGUACGGGGUCGGGGUGCAACAAUUAUAAAU